AUGAUCGAUUUGGACACACUGCCCGACGAGGUUCGCGAGAAGCUCGCCGAGCUCGAGCUCGAACUCAGCGAAGGGGACAUUACCAAAAAAGGGUACGACAAAAAACGGGAUAAAUUAUUGGCGCCAUUUCUAGCGAAAAAUGAGCAACUCGAGCCAGUUGCCUCUACAGAAGGCACGUCUGCAGCAUCACCGAACACAAGGUCGAGUCGACGGCAUCAAAGAAGGCUGACACGUGAUGAAGGAAGAUAUCAUUCAGAAAUCCGCGUUGAAGCUGUCCAUCAGGCUUUAGCCGAAUACUCGGAUGGUCGGAAGCAGGGUCCCCAACCGGUGAAGCCUCAUCGACGGACGAAUGCAUCGGCGACAAGGUCCCGAAGCAAACGAAACGGCAAUAGUGGGACAUUACGCAUUUUGUCAGGUGUGCUUUUGGAUUUUUUUUGA